UCAGACGUGAUAGCUAGGCAAGUUGAUUUUAACAUGUCAGCUGUUGAAGAAAUACAGAAUUCUGUCCCACAAGCGGUGGAGGAUGAAAAUUCACACAGUGAGCAUGUUGACGGAGAAGUCGAAAUGGAUUUUAAUGAGUCUCAGACUGGAGGAUAUUUAUUUUACAGAGACAGGAAAGAGUGGGCAGAUCUGGAGCCUGUUCCUCAGGAUGAUGGGCCCAACCCAGUGGUGAAAAUUGCUUAUUCAGACAGAUUCACUGAUGUGUUUGACUACUUUAGAGCACUGCUGAAAAAUAAUGAGAAAAGUGAGCGAGCGUUUGCACUGACCGCUGAAGCCAUUGACCUCAAUGCAGCAAAUUAUACAGUAUGGCAUUACAGAAGAGUACUGCUGCAGGCUUUGGGAAAGGAUCUGAGACAAGAGAUGCAAUAUAUAAGUGCCAUCAUAGAAGACCAACCCAAGAACUACCAAGUCUGGCAUCAUAGACACAUGGUGGUUGAGUGGCUUAAUGAUCCUUCUGAAGAGCUGCAGUUUAUAUCCGAGAUCCUUUUUCAAGACGCCAAGAACUACCAUGCAUGGCAACACAGACAGUGGGUCAUUCAGGAGUAUAAACUGUGGGACGGUGAGCUAGACUACGUAGAUGAGCUGCUGGAGGAUGACGUGAGAAAUAAUUCAGCCUGGAACCAGCGACACUUUGUCAUCAGUCACACCUCCACCUAUUCUCCUCCUGAGGUUUUGGAGCGAGAAGUGCAGUACAGCAUAAAACAAAUCAAGAAAGCACCGCAUAACGAGAGUGCAUGGAACUAUUUGAAAGGGAUUUUACAGGUUCCAGGACUCUCGUCGUACUCCGGUCUGCUGCAGCAGGUAGAGGAACUGCGGGGUACUUACUGUUCUCCGUAUUUGCUCGGCUUUCUGGUGGACUUCUAUGAAGAUGUGCUUGAAACCAAGAACAGCAGUUACAACCAGACGGACACACUCAGCAAAGCUUUGGAGAUAUGUGAGCUGCUUGCCCAGGAGAAGGACACGAUCCGGAAAGAAUACUGGCACUAUGUGGCACGUUCUCUUCAGAACAAGUACUGCUCUAAAGAAAUCCAGCCUCCAUCUACGGAGCAACCAGAGACCAACAGGAAAGACUAAGAGAGGGUGAACCAUAGAUCGGUGUAGGUGUUUAUAAAGACGGAAGCUGGAGAGAUACCCGCUGGACUGUGUGUAUCUGCCGAUUGGUUUGACCAUAUUGGUAAAGCCCAUUGAAUAGCUUUUUCAAGGUGAAGCAGAAUACAAAGCUUUUAGUAGUCACAUGACUGCAAUGAAUAAUAGUUUGCUAGCCAGUUGGCAAAAAAUCUGUAUGAACAGACGUUUGGAAUUCCCGACCAGCAAAUAAUUGCUCUCGGUCCUCUCGCUUUGGUUUGUGUCCAAACUCUAGUGAAGGGGGGGAUAAUUAAGUGAAGGCCUCAACAAAUAUAAAUCCCAGAUACAAAUAUUGACAAACACUGUUGCCAAUUCUUUCUCUAAAUUGUGUCAUUAAACUCUGUAUAUUUCCUGUCUGUAUUGUUUUGUACGCUUAGAAAAAUAAACUGCUGGACAUAA